UCCGAGAGCUGCAAGUUGCAAUGGGAAGGUCAACAUACAUGUGUGAACAUGAGUGCCUUCGCGGCGUGAGGCGUUAGCUUCAUCAUGGUCCACUCUGGUGGAUUCUGUCUCUGACCUCGAGCAGAUUCUUGGUGCUUGAAGGGUCAAAAUCGUCAUGGAAGAGGUCAAGAUAGCCCCUCUGCAAAGGGAGGGGAGUUCAAGUGCCGAAGAAAGGCUUCGCGAAUGGAACCCAUUCCUGCCCUUCAAUGUCGAGAAGCUGCCACAUCAGGAAGCAAGGAUGGCUAACGGAGGACAUCUUUAUGAUGAACCUUCUCUGAGUGUUGACCAAGUUGCGGAGGAGGAGCGAUCAUGGUUGCGCAGAACGAGGGGAUCCAUCUCCUCUCGCAUCAUGUCCAUCCGAGAAUACAAGGGCGCGUACAUCUUUGACCCAGGGAGUUACUUCAUCCGCCAGUGGAGCAAGGUGUUUGUCUGCAGCUGCCUGGCGGCCGCGUUCCUGGACCCUCUCUUCUUCUUCCUCCCGGUCAUCGACAUUGCCCAGCCGUGCGUCGACUUCGACUGGAACUUCGGCGUGACCAUCACCUUGCUGCGCAGCCUCACGGAUCUCAUGUACCUCCUGUACAUCAUCAUCAAGUUCAGGACGGCGUAUGCUCCGAGCCUCGUCUUUGGCCGGGGCGAGUUGGUCAGGGACCCCAAGAAGAUCGCCUGGCGAUACCUCAAAACCAGCCUCCUGCUCGACGUCUUUGCCAUGCUGCCGCUGCCGCAGAUCGUACUGUGGGUAAUCCUGGCGCAUUGGAACGAUGGGUCUGCAAGUACUGGAAACAACGCGAACUACUUGCGGCUGAUCGUGGCCAUCCAGUACAUCCCGCGCAUCAUCCAGGUGCUGCCGGUGCAGGCGGCCGUCAUCAAACCCGAAGGCGUGGUCUUCGAAACCGCCUGGUCCGGCUUCGUCAUCAACCUCGCCAUGUUUUUGCUGGCCGCCCACGUGACGGGGUCCGUUUGGUACGUAUUCGGCCUGGAGCGCAUCGACUCGUGCUGGCGGAGCUUCGCUUGCAACGGCACGGACGUCUGCCCGGACCACUUUUCCUGCGGCGGCGCCACACCGAUCAAUCCAAACGUGGUUGCAGUCAUCCAGGAAAACUGCAACAACCCCGCGAUCGCGUUCGGUGCGAUCGGGACCUUCGACUACGGGAUCUACACGCCGCUGAUCCUGCUGAUCCAGUCCGAGCGCGGCUGGCAGAACUAUCUAUACAGCCUGUGGUGGGGCCUGCAGCAGAUCUGCUCGUUCGGCAACAACCUGAACACGAGCAACUUCCCGGGCGAGAACAUCCUGUGCAUCGUGGUCGCGAUCGUGGGGCUGGUCCUCUUCGCGCUCCUCGUGGGCAACAUCCAGACGUUCCUCCAGUCGCUGAGCGCGCGCUUGGACGAGAUGCGCCUCCAGGGGCGCGACACCGAGCUGUGGAUGCGAGCCCGGCAACUGCCCGGGGAUCUGCGGAAGAGGGUCAGGAAGCACGACCGGUACACGUGGGAGGCGACCAGUGGAGUGGACGAGCAAGGGAUUUUGGAACAGCUGCCGGAGGAUUUGAGGCGGGACAUCAAGCGACACCUGUGCAUCGAACUCGUGCGCAAGGUGACGCUGUUCAAGGCGCUGGACGACAACGCGGUGGACGCGGUGUGCGAGCGGCUCAAGCCGCGGCUGUACAUCAAGGGCAGCGAGGUGUACCGCGAGGGGGAUCCCGUCACCAGGAUGCUCUUCGUCGUGCGGGGCACACUCUCCAGCAUCACCACGAACGGGAACCGCACCGGGUUCUUCAACAUGCUGCGGCUGCUCCCGGGGGACUUCGCCGGGGAGGAGCUGCUGUCGUGGUGCCUCGACUCCCGGGCCCGGGAAGCGCUCCCCAAGUCCACCAGGACCAUCACCGCCGAGAGCCCCGUGGAGGCGUUUUACCUGGACGCGGACGCGCUCAAGUACGUGACGACGCACUUCCGGCGGCUGCACAGCCGGGACCUGCAGAACGUGCUGCGCUACCACAGCCACCACUGGCGCACGAAGGCCGCCGCCACCAUCCAGGUUGCUUGGAGACAUUACAAGCGCCGCCAGGCCUCCAUGCGAUCCAACCAGGCAGCGUGACAAGCAACUGGCGACUUACAGUCAAGGGGCAACAACCCAAGUUGUUGGAAAUGUUAAGCGCAGUCCCGAAGAGGGGUCCGGCGAAGAGGUCGUGAGAGAGCGGAAGCGGAAAAAUGUCGAAAAGCCGGAGGACGUUGCGUCCUGACCCUGUCAUCAGAAGUGCAGUACUUAUGCGUUGCGAAGCAUUUUAUUUAAGUUGCUCUUAGAUUUGCGGCCAACUUUACACAGUGCUCAUCAACCUUGAAGAUGAGAACAAACAGGCAUUAUGUAAAGUAUCGUUGAGGUGUUCCGUCGUAGUGUUUCCUGAACCCGUACUAACCUACGUUCAGUGAGGCCAAUCUGAUCAUAUGGACACCGUUUGAAACUCGAUCGUUCAACAAAUAAAAUAACUGCUCCUUAGUCGGAUUCGCUUCUGGUGAGAUCUACAAUUUCAAAAGUAUUGAUUAGAUG